AUGUUCUAUGCAAUGAUGGAUGCCAUGAACAGCCAAGGAAAGAAGCAGCAGCGGCUUGAGGAUCAACAAGAUCGAAUUGCAGGACUGCUGAAAAGCCUGCUGGAUGAGCGAAAAACGAAAACUUCUGCGUGCCCAAAAGUCCCCGCCACCCGAUUUUGCGAGCUAUGCUGUGUAGCAGGGCACCAGGUUGCAGAAUGUCGCAACAAAGCGAAGAUGGACGUUGGACAUGUAGAACAUGUCUAUAAGAAGAAGGGAUUGAGUAAAAAAAUGCCACUGUAUUCAUUUGUGGUCUUUUCCAUAUGA